AUGUAUUUUCUGAGUUUGCUGCUUCUUCUGCUGAGUGCUAAUGUACAGGCAAUCUAUUCUGAUGAAGCGUUUGUGAACGAUUGGCAACUACAAAACGUCGGUGAAUACCAAUGCGUAUUUGAGAAUGAUAAUAGUCAGUAUUUAAUAACCUUAUCGCAAUUGGGUCAGAAAUCUCUUCUAUCCUUUAUCAAUGAAGUUAACGGUGAAGUUUUCUUUAGGCAACCGCUGGAUUUCUCCGGUUUAGACGUAAUGGUAGUUGAUAAUGGAUCAGAAUUUGUGAUUAUGGAUGAUAAUUCUCAAAUGAGAGCCUUUAAUGGAUCGAACGGAUUUCCCUUGGAAAAAGAUGUUAGCGAAUAUAAUUUCAAGUCCAGUUGUCAGCCAGAUAUGAAGGGUUUCAAGUUGAAGGACAAGACAUUACAAGUGCUAGAUCCUGAAUCUCAAUUGGUUGUUUUUAAAGUGGAUCUUUGGGACAACUUCCAAAGGGUUGAGUACAUUCACACCGAUUUUCAAGGUACUCUCAAGGUGUUGUAUUCGACGACCGAUUCCAAGUACGUCUUCCAAUUUGUAGAGAACGGUGAAUUGAUCUCAGAAUGGGUCAGAGAUGAAAGUGAAAGUGAUAUUGUAGCACACGCGGUUAUUAAUCUACCAGACUCGUCAUUAGAUGCUAUCUCUCAAGAAUUGGUUCAAGAAGAGGAUACUUCAACUCUUUGGGAAGCCUACAAAUUUAGAGUUUCCAAGAAUUUACAAAGGUUUAAAGAUCUAUUGAGAAAAUACCAUUAUUCUCCUGGUGCUAUGCUCACGGAAAUGCUCAAAACUGAUGAUGAUGCUUCUAAGGAACAACGUGAACUUGUGUUUGGAUUAGCUAAAUAUCUUGUGGUGGCCACACAAAGAGGUAAAAUUUCUGCUUUAAAUAUAAAGAACGGAAUUGUAGAAUGGAGUGUACAAUCCAAUUUGAACGAUAUAAUCCUCCUCGAAUGGUUUGCAGAUUCCAGCGAACUUGUUGCAGUCGAUAGAGAUGGGCUUUAUGAAUUCUACGAUUUGACUGAUUUGUCUCAGCCUACAUUGAUUAAAAAAGAUCGUUUUGGUAGUACAAAAAUUGAUACCAUCUCAUUGUUAGAUGGCCAGAGAUUUUUCAUCACUACGGAAGACGAUCAGAAGAGCAUUGUAUCUCUCUCUUCCAAAGGCGAAAAACCGCUAACUUCCACUUUCAUUUCAACGCAUGAUAAAAACCACAUAUAUGGCCAUGUUGUAACUGCUGAUGGUCAGUUAAGAGAUACUUGGGUUACUACUUUGGAUGAUGAUGAAGAGAUUUUAUCAUUCGCUAAAAGAGAAGAUACUCCUACAGUUAGUUUAGGUCACAUCUUAGGGAAUAGAACCGUUCUUUACAAAUACCUGUACCCCAAUUUGGUCAGUUAUGCUGUUUACAACAAGAAGACUGGAAAUUUAUUUAUCCAUCUGAUUGACAGCGUUAACGGCGCCUUACUCCACUCACAAGUCCAUGACGAUGGUGUUGAUCCAAGCUCACCAAUUGAGCUGGUGUUUGGAGAAAAUUGGUUUGUGUACUCAUAUUUCAGCUCCCAACCAAUUCCUGAACAGAAAUUGGCCGUGGUGGAAUUGUACGAAUCUUUAGAACCUGACCAUCGUGUUUCCGACAACUCAACACAGUUGAAUCCUUUGAAGGGUGUUCACCCACCAGAAGUUAUCACUCAAGCCUAUUUUUUCCCAGAGGUCAUCAAACGUAUGCAGUUGUCUGACACUAAGUUUGGCAUUACAACUAAAUCAAUAGUAUUGGAAUUGGAAAGUGGUCAACUCAUAUACUUGUCGAAGGCUCUUUUGAACGCUAGACGUAAAGACGAAUCACAGAUGAGUGAUGAUGACAAGAAAGAAUUCAUGGCUAUGCCAUAUUUCAGCACUUUACCAAUUAACGAUCAUUUCAUCAUUACACACAUUAGACACUUGAUCAUGGGUUCCAACUCUAAAUUAAUCUCUAUCCCCACAAAUUUGGAAUCCACAAGCAUAGUGUGCAGCCUGGGUCAUGAUAUAUUCUGCGGCAAAAUCGCACCCUCAGGUCAAUUCGAUAUAAUGAGUCCAACUUUUGAGAAGGGCAAGCUCAUAGCGACUAUCGUUGGAUUAGUAUUCCUAUGCUAUUUCAUUCGUCCCUCGGUUGAAGCCAAGAAACUAAAGAGUUCAUGGAUGGUAAGAAAUUGA